AGAUUGAAAACAAAGGCAACUCUUCUCGUUUGAAUGGUUCUCAAACUGCUGUGGCUCACCGUGAGUAUAGAAAAAUUAUCACUGCUUACUUCUUAUUGUUUGCUAUUUGAUGGUAAAGAACUGGAAGCAACCCAAGGAGUUUAGAACUACUUUUAAUCUCCUUGAAGCAACCUAAGCCCCAUCCAAAUUUUGGUCCACCCACAGGCACUGACAGGCUCUGUAUAAUGUAGAAGUAUCUUUGGUAUCGUAAUAUUUUGGUAUUGAUUAGGAAAAUUGAAAAGUAUCGACUACUCAGUUCUAUGUUCUAUCACCACUGCCCUGCCCACCAACACCAUUGUAAACAUAGGCUGGAUCUUAAUGUUCAAGAUGGCUCAGCGAGUCUUGGCAGCAUCUUUCCGGCAAGCUGGUCUUGCUAAGAGAAGCUUCUCUUCCUCAAAAACAACAUUUCAGAAGGCACAGGCCGUAGCCUCCAGCGCUUCAGGUUCUAGUGGAAGUGACGACAUUGUCUAUGGGCCCGAACAUUUACAGUUGAAGGAGUCUUUGAGAAAGAUCAUUGAGCGGGACAUCAACCCACAUGUUGAGGAGUGGGAACAAGCCAAAAAUUUCCCUGCCCACAAAGUGUUCAAGUUACUCGGAGACAAUGGGUUCCUUGGUGUCACAAAACCAAAAGAGUAUGGAGGUCUCGACCUUGACUAUUCUUAUGCCUGUGCUGUGGGCGAGGAACUUGGCUACAUCAACUGUGGCGGCGUUCCCAUGGCGAUUGGUGUACAGACUGACAUGGCCACCCCUGCCUUGGCAAAGUUUGGCUCUGACUAUCUGAAAAGAGAGUUCCUUGCACCGUCAAUCUCUGGAGAUGCUGUGGCAUGUCUCGGUGUCAGUGAGGUUGGAUCAGGCUCCGAUGUGGCGAGUAUCCAGACAAGGGCUUCUCGCAAGGGCGACGAUUUGAUCAUCAAUGGGGGCAAGAUGUGGACUACCAAUGGCACGCAGGCCGACUGGAUGUGCUGCCUGGCAAUCACAUCGGAGGGAGCUCCUCACAGGAACAAAUCAUUGAUCUGCCUGCCCAUGAAGACCCCUGGUGUUACUGUGGCGAAAAAAAUCCAGAAGAUUGGAAUGCACAGCUCUGAUACUGCCCAGAUUUUCUUUGAGGAUGUACGUGUGCCCCGGUCUCACAUCAUUGGAGAGGAAGGAGAAGGCUUUACUUAUCAGAUGAUUCAGUUCCAAGAGGAGAGGAUUUUUGCUGCAGUUGGAGCUCUUGCGCCGAUCGAACGCAUGAUUGAAGAGACUAUCAAGUACACUCGGGAGAGGAAGGCCUUUGGGCAGUCAGUGCUGGACAAUCAAGUUGUUCAUUUCACCCUUGGUGAACUAGCCACCGAGUUGGAGAUGUUGAGGUCAGCUGUGUACAGGACUGUGGCGUUGUACGUGAAGGGCAACGACGUGACGAAAAUGGCGUCCAUGUGCAAGUUGAAGGCCGGCCGGCUGCUCCGAGAAGCUUCUGACAAGUGCCUUCAGUUCUGGGGAGGGAUGGGUUACACGGAUGAGGUGCUCAUCAGUCGCCUGUACAGAGACACACGACUGUUUUCAAUUGGAGGGGGAGCAGAUGAAGUGAUGCUGUCAAUCAUAUGCAAAUAUAUGCGCACAUCGCCCAAGCCUACAAAGAAGUAAGAAAGGGAUUCCAGACUGUUGCAGAUGAUUCUACAUUGUGAUGGGGUUGUUUGUGGGUCGGAAGUUUUUUUCUUUUUUUUUCUUUUCUUUUUUUUUUAAAUUUUUGUUGUUGGUCAUUCUAUAUAUUAUAUUUUUAGUCAACAUGAACUGAAGUGAUAAGUGAAGUGAUUGUGAUCUCCAAAGAUGUUGCUUUUGGUUUCCAGUUAUUACAGUUAUUUUUCUUAAGAAAGAGGAAUAAUGAUACAGGAAAGAUGGGUAUUAUGAAAGUGUUGAAGAUGAUACUAGCUUGCAAGGAUUGUUAGGACUGUUUUAUCUCUUUAUCCAGCCACUUAUGACCCAAGGUAUGACCUGUUCACUGUGAGGAGGUAAAGAACCCAGCACUGUUGAUUAUUUCUCCGUUGAACGGCCAACUUCUAGUUAAAGGAAUUUUGAGAUUGUUUUUUUUGGUAACUCUAGAUUCUAAUGAUGUUGAAUGAUUUGUUGUGAUUUAUUCUUGUUGAUGCUUCAAAAUUGUACACAAGAACCUAUUUUAAUUUUUGCACUUUUGUUUUGUGUUCUCUCUUGUGGGUAGGACAUCUUUGAGAGGCGAGGGCAGGGGACCCUAUAUUUAGCUUAACCAUUUAGCUCUCUGAGGAUUUGCCCGGAUGCAUGUCCCGAAAUCCUGGAAAAGGGAAAUAACCCUCUAAAAAUUAUGGGUUUUUUAAAAUUCAACCAUUCCAAAAA